AUGUCUACCGCAUUGCCUUAUUUACAGAAACUGCGCAAGUCCCAACUGACGGACUGGGCGGAAGCCACUGAUCUUCAUGACUACGAGGAGUACAAUAAACCCGAACUCGCCACGCUGCUGGAUCAGCAUCUCCAGGCCAACCAAUCCAUCUUCGCCAAGGAUGCGCGACUAACGGAUUACUACCGUCGCCUGUCGCAAACCCCGCGCAAGGGGUCGCCGGUCAAGAGAGACCCUCGGGUGGAAAUCUCCCCGCUUGCGAAAGAGACCCCGCGGUCGGCGCCACGGUCGGCGCGUCGCCGGCAGACGAGAGUCCAGGAGGAAGAGGUGAAGGAAGAGGAGGCGAAGGAGGAACCCAAGGCGGAACUCAAGGCGGAGGCUGAGCAACCCCGAGAGGAAUCCGACGCGUCUCCGCCACCGGUCUUCCAGACGCCUGGGCCAUCCCCGCUCAACUUUCAAUCGGCCUUGCCGGCGUCGCCGGCCCUCAUCGCUGAUGCGGUUGACCAGGAGUCCGUCGCGUGGUGCAAGAAGGCUAGCGAUUGGUGGGCCGGCUCAGGGGUGCCGGAUGGCACGCAGUCACUGCGCUCCUUGCUGAGCAGCGUGACGGCUGUCCAGAUUCUGACAUUGCUGCUCGAAGGGUGUUCCAUCAUCUAUGAAGUUCUGCCGCUGCGAUUCGUGUCCACCAUUACGAUUUGGGCGAUUGAGAUCUCCAUCAAGGUCCCUGAUGUCUUCGUCCUCGUUGACGGCGUAUUCUGGGCCCCGUUCUCGCUGUGGCUGCUGACCAGCAUUCUGCUGCCAUUGACCGUCGCCUACUUCUUCAACAUCAGCCUGAACAUCGCGCAAGGCGGCAGUGCUGCAUCCCACACGCGCCGCAGCCGCGCAUCGCCCGCGAACUUCGAUCCACUCAGCUUCAACAUUGCCAAGGCGGGGCUCGCAUACCUGGUGUAUGCCCAGCAGUUCAACUUCUUCAACCUGUACAGCCAAUUCUCGAUCGCCCGGGUGAACGCCGCGGUCCCCGGUCAAUGGGCUGGCUUGGUGACUGGGUCUGCGAUUGGGGUGGUCGGCACUUUGUACGAGGCGAUCCUGCGGAAGUAA